UUCUCCCAAGAUGACGCAUUCGAGGGUUGCGAUUGGCCAAUCUAGCCAAUCUGGUUCCUGCUCGUAUUUUCGAAAUCGCACAUGUUGCGUUUUGAUAGCAGGCAGUUACAAUGGUCCAUCAACGGAUGAUCGCUUUUUAGAAUCGCAUGUUUUAUCACGGAGGCACGAGCAUCUUUUUAGUAGUUUCUUAACGAUGUAGAUAGAAAGUGUAGUUUAAUUGCAUGCAGGAGUAUGCACGAACCACACGCGAUUAUUGACUUACAUACAGUGAAAAUAGCCCUUAAGCUACUUCAGUAAAUUCGGUUAUUUUAUUUUUUGUUUAUCUGGUCUGGCAAUAGGUCUCCUAAACUGAACUGAAUGCACAAGUUGGAAAUCUUGCUUGGCGUUUGCAGAUUGCGUGGUGAUUUGAGAAGUCAUCAUGCCACCCAAACAAGAUCAAAAGAAAAAGGACCCUAAAGCUGGUGUUAAGAAGAAGGAAGGUGGAUCUUCUGGGGGUAAAGCUAAAAAGAAGAAGUGGUCCAAAGGAAAAGUUCGUGACAAGUUAAACAACUUGGUGCUUUUUGACAAGCCAACAUAUGAAAAGAUGCUUAAGGAAAUUCCAAGCUACAAAUUGAUCACUCCAUCUGUUGUUUCUGAUCGUUUAAAAGUCAGGGGAUCUUUAGCAAGGAAAGCUUUAGAAGAACUUCAUCAGAAAGGACUGAUCAAGCAAGUUGUUAAACAUCACAGUCAAGUGAUUUAUACCAGAGUCACUAAAGAAGACACAGUGUAAAUGUUUUAAAUAAAAAAAAAAAUUUAUAAAGACAA